AUGGGAGGAGGAACAGCUAAUGAAGUGUACAGAGAGUAUCACUACCAGCUGAUUAAAUUCCCCCUUUCAUCACAAAGGCCUAGUCCCACUGAAGUGACAGCAUCGGUCCAUGUAAAUGCACUUGUGAAUCAGGGCUCACGAUGUGUCUUCCUUGCAGACUCAGACCCUUGCACGCCUGAUGCUCCACCUGCUGCCACUUCGCCACCGACCUCUGAAGAACUUGGACCUUUCACAGCUCCAGCAUCACCCUCCUCUUCCUCUGAUGCUGGUACCGAAUCAUUUUCACCACCGUUACCUGCCUGUGUUGCAGCCUUACAUCCCAAACCUCCUCCUAUUCCACCAUCAACAUCAACCUCGGCUGCCGCUCUGCACCCCAGCCUCCCUUCUCUUCCUGCACUGCCCACCUCUACUCCAUCCCUGCACCCUGGACUUUACUUGCCAGUAGUCCCACCGGGCAGUGCCACCCACCUCAUAAACUGGCUGCCCUUCCUUGCUUCUGCAACGCUGGCCACCAUUCGUGAGAAGGAGGAAGACCAGCCGCCCGUACCAGCGGGCUCCCUGGAAGGCAUGAAGCGCUGCAGCAGCACCCCCCCACACCCCUCCCGCGAUGGCAAUCCCCAGGGGGCACCCAUGGGAGACAGGGCUCCAGGGGCUGCUCCCCCACCCCACGCUGCCCACGCCGUGGGCCCCGGCCCCGAGCAGGUGUCGGCGAAUGUCAGCGACAUCCUGGCAGAGCUGCGGACGAUGAACGGGCACCUCUCCGUCAUCGCCCGGGCCCUGACACAGCUGGCAUCCUCCCUGGCACCGCAGCAGGACACGGGGGGCACCCCACCUCCUUAG